UAGUGGCCGAGACAAAUCUCUGUUCAAUCGUUUGGCAUAGCCAGCACGGCUCCUAAUGUACUCGGUGGCGGGUCCCGUUAAAUUAAUUUGAAAUUUUUCCGAAUUUAAUUUGUGUUUCUGUGGUGAAUGAAAAACUUUUUUUUUAAAUAAAGAAUUAUGCAACUGUGUUAUCUCACUGGUCAGUAAGGAUGCGGCUGUAUACGUUAGUGAUCUUUGUGGGUUUGAUAUCACCGUAUCCAGCGAGCAAUGGUGAAUUACCAGAUAAUUUUACGACAGUAGCUCCGUUUCCAAUCAUCGCACCAUGUUCGUCGCUUCGUCCUGGUGACGUGGACUUCCAGACAGUGGACCUGAUAGCUGUGUAUAAGCUCGACCGACCUGAAACCGCCGGAGUGUCGUUGGUACAAGGCUCGCAGUAUUUGCAGAGAGCUUACAGGAUAAAAGAUGGCGCUAACCUGACUUUACCUUUACAACAAGUGUUCCCCAACGGCCUACCUCAGCAUUUCAGUGUGGUCGGCACAUUCAACAGUCGCGGCCAACGAAGACCUUGGAGUCUCAUCAGAGCCCGCUCCAAGAAUCUACAGUUUUCAUUGACUCUUUUGCCUAAUGCCAAGAAACUUGCCGUUUUUGUUCAAGGGACUAGGGUCGUUUUUGGGAGUGAGGAGUUGUUCUCACCUGGUUGGCACAAAUUGCACAUGGCCGUUACAAAUGACACCGUCAACGUAGCUGUCGACUGUGUUGAGUUGAGACCAGAGAACGUUACUUAUCACGACUUCACAAAUGCUACACUUGUCACCAUAGUGUCCAACGAUGAUGGUACUCCAACGCCGGUCGAUCUUCAAUGGCUCUCCUUGAGUUGCAACCACUACAACCUCACCAGCGACAGUUGUGAAGAACUUGAGGAACCUGAGAAUCUCAUUGACUCAUCGCUACAGAUUGAUUCGAGUGCGAGUGCUAAUUUCGAUCCAACGUUAGAUGUUGUCUGCAAUGGAACAUGUCCUCCAGGUCCAGAGGGGCCACGGGGUCCUAAAGGUGACAUGGGCAUAAGAGGGCCUCCUGGUCUACCGGGAGUGAGGGGCCAACAAGGUCUUGCUGGUUUGACUGGGGCGCCGGGGAUCAAAGGAGAUAAGGGGAACAUAGGGAUUCCAGGGCUACCGGGAUUGCCAGGGAGAGCAAAUGGUAAUAUCACAGUGAAUGGACGACCUGGUCUACCUGGAAGGCAAGGACCUAAAGGGGAGAAAGGAGAUACCGGGCAAAAAGGUGAACCCGGUGAAUCGGGUUUAGUCGGAUUAUCCGGCUUACCUGGUGCGGACGGUCGGGAUGGCCAGCCGGGACCACAAGGACCUCCUGGUCCGAAAGGGGAGCCUGGCCUUCCAGGUCCCGCGAGCACAGCUGUUUAUAACACGACUGCGGUCCCAGGACCUAAAGGAGAGAAAGGAGCUGCUGGAAAGCCUGGUCUUGACGGUGCUCCUGGAUUAAGGGGUCCACCAGGAUUGGAUGGAGUUAGAGGCCCUCCAGGCCUAGAGGGGCCUAUGGGAGUGCCUGGCUCUCCCGGACUGAGAGGGCUGCCGGGUCCACAGGGGCCUAUUGGAGAACGGGGACCAGAAGGAUUACAGGGCCCAGAAGGACCUCCAGGGAAGCCAGGCUUACCCGGGCCACCAGGACAAGCAGCUUCGGUUACUCCAAGCGUGGAGGUGGCAGGCCCACCUGGCCCACCAGGAGAAAGGGGACAGAAAGGCGAGCCUGGUAAUCCGGGAAUGCCGGGCAGAGACGGUGUAGAUGGUGUGCCGGGCGUACCGGGAUCGAUGGGUCCUCCGGGAUUACCAGCUCCAUACAAUACUGUCGUCCAGGCUCCCACAUUAACGGAGAACGAAGUAAGGACUAUUUGUGAAGACCUUAUAAGACAAAAUUUACAAGAAUUUAUGUUGACUCUGUCGACGCCCUCGCCUAUUGUUAAAAGAAGAGGAGCUCCGGGUAGACCAGGUCCUCCCGGUAUACCAGGUAAAAACGGGGAUCCUGGCGAACCCGGUCCUCGUGGAUACCCUGGUGAGACUGGAGAGCCAGGUAAACCUGGCAGUCCAGGGGGCAGAGGUGAGAAAGGGGACAAGGGCGAGCGAGGACCUGAAGGAGUAGGACUACCUGGUGUAGAAGGACCUAGAGGUAUUCCAGGCCCCGUUGGACCUCCGGGACCAGAAGGUAGAUCUGGCCAACGAGGUGAUCCGGGGCGAGAAGGCUCAAUCGGACCUCGAGGAGCUCCCGGUCCAAGAGGAACUUGCGAGUGUCCUUCCCCAGCAUUCUAUUCAUAUGCCAUGGGAAAUAGUAAAGGACCUUAAUUUUGUGGUGUUUAUAUUAAAUGACCUACAUUUUAAGAUAACUGUAUUAUCCUCUUACCUGUGUCUUUUACAAUAUGUACACAAAACUAAAUUUAUUGGCCAAAGAAGUUUCUAUAGUUAUUGAACGUAUUAUGCCAAGUUGAAAAUAGAAAAUUAUUGUUGUAUUCAAAAAACUAGUUUGUGACAAUGAUUUUGGUCCUAUGGAAUUAUAAUGUAUAUAUAAUUAUA